GCGGCAGCACCGCGGCCCGGCCUGUUAUUCCGCUCGCCGCUCGGCCCGGACCCGCGCGGCUCCAGUGGCUCCGGGAAUCGGCCCCCGCACCUCCCUGCCCGGGCCUAGAGCCACCCCUAAGCCGAGGCCGGAGACUGGAGCGGCUGUCCCAUCCCGGCCCGGCCUUCCCCAUCACCCCUUCCUCUGGCUGGACAUCUGGACCCUGGGCCCCGCACCGCCGGGGUUCCGGAAACCCUCCCCGCCCAAGUCCGCGGCCCAACCCCGCACGGCUCUCCUUCCAGACUCCCCUGCCUCGACUUCCGUCUACUCCUGGCCCCCGCCUCGCAUCCCUUUCCUCCCCCCUUCCCAAGCCUGGACCCGGGAGGGAGGGAGGGGGGCGUGCGCCCUGCGCCCUCCCCGCCCCGCCCCCCGUGAUUCCCCCUGCAUGGCCGGCCCGGGUGGGGGGUGCGGGGGGCCCCGGGCGCCAUGCGGGGGGGUCACAAAGGGGGUCGCUGUGCCUGUCCCCGUGUGAUUCGAAAAGUGCUGGCAAAAUGCGGCUGCUGCUUCUCCCGGGGGGGACGUGAAUCCUAUUCUAUUGCUGGCAGCGAGGGGAGCAUGUCAGCAUCUGCUGUCUCGGGGCUGGCUGCCCUGUCUGGCCCCAGCUCCGGCCUCAACUCUCAUCCAUGUUCUCCGAUCCCCCCUGGACCAGUAACCGGCCUGAGGAGAUGGUUGGAUCAUUCCAAACAUUGUCUCAGUGUGGAAACUGAGGCAGAGAGUGAUCAGACCGGACAAUGUGAGAACUGGAUGCUGGAGCCAACUUUAACCACAGGACAGGAGCUGCCAGAACUGACAUUACUGACUACAUUACUGGAGAGUCCUAGAGACAAGGCACAGCCAGCUGAAGAGGAAACUUUGUCUCAAGCUCCCAAGAAUGAGGAAGAGCAGAAGAAGACAGCCCUGGAAAGGAGUCUGUUGGUCCUGAGCGAGCUGGUGGAAACGGAAAGACUGUAUGUGGAGGACUUGGGACAGAUUGUAGAGGGUUACAUGGUUACCAUGGCUACUCAGGGGGUCCCUGAGAGUCUCCGAGGUCGUGACAGGAUUGUGUUUGGGAACAUUCAGCAGAUCUAUGAGUGGCACCGAGACUAUUUCCUGCAGGAGCUGCAGCAGUGUUUGAAAGAUCCUGAUUGGCUGGCUCAGCUGUUCAUCAAACAUGAGCGCCGACUGCAUAUGUAUGUGGUGUACUGCCAGAAUAAACCCAAGUCAGAACAUGUGCUGUCAGAAUUUGGGGACAGCUACUUUGAGGAGCUCAGGCAGCAGCUAGGACACCGAUUGCAGCUCAAUGACCUGCUCAUUAAACCAGUGCAGCGAAUCAUGAAAUACCAGUUGCUGCUGAAGGAUUUUCUAAAGUAUUACAGAAGAGCUGGGAUGGAUACCGAGGAGCUGGAGCAAGCUGUGGAGGUCAUGUGCUUUGUACCCAAGCGAUGCAAUGAUAUGAUGUCCCUAGGGAGACUUCGGGGAUUUGAGGGAAAACUGACUGCUCAGGGGAAGCUCUUGGGCCAGGACACAUUCUUAGUUACAGAGCCUGAAGCCGGGGGUCUGCUUUCUUCCCGGGGUCGGGAGAGGCGUGUCUUCCUGUUCGAGCAAAUCGUCAUCUUCAGUGAGGCCCUGGGAGGAGGUCGAGGUGGCACGCAGCCUGGCUACGUGUACAAGAACAGCAUCAAGGUGAGCUGCCUAGGGCUGGAGGGGAAUCUCCAAGGAAACCCUUGCCGGUUUGCGCUGACCUCUAGAGGGCCAGAAGGUGGGAUCCAGCGCUACAUUCUGCAGGCUUCAGACCCUGCGGUCAGUCAAGCCUGGAUCAAGCAAGUGGCCCAGAUCCUGGAAAGCCAGCGUGACUUUCUCAACGCAUUACAGUCACCCAUUGAAUACCAGAGACGGGAGAGCCAGACCAACAGCCUGGGGCGCCCAGGAGGGCCUGGGGUAGGGAGCCCUGGGAGAAUGCGGCCUGGAGACCUGGCCCAGGUCAGCAUGCACACACCCAUCAAUGGCUCUCUCCCGUCCCUGCUACUUCUGCCCAGAGCGGAGGUGCCCAGACUGCCGUUGCCCCUGGAGACACAGGUUCUCAGUGACACCCCCCGGGCUCCUCAUGACUCUCCAGCCCUUCCCACUGUGAACACUCCUCCCUGUCAGGCCAGGCUCGCCAAGCUAGAUGAAGAUGAGUUGUAACCCCCGAAAGCCUCGGAGUGCUAUUGGCUCAGGCGUGAUUCCUCGAUGAAUUUGGGGAGAAUCCUGGCACCGUGCCAGAAUACAUUCUUCCUGGUGUAUGGAGAACGGGAGAGACUGGGAGAGGAGAUCAACAUGGAAGACAGGACCUAGACCUGAAAAGACUCUUUUCUGCCCGAGGAACACAGGAUCUGUCAGCUCCACUCCCUGCAUGCACCACAACCCCUCAAAUGGAGGAUAUGUAUGGGCUUGGAGGGAGGGCGAGGGCAGGGACCAGAUAGAAAUUACUGGCUUGGGUUGUGAUUUUGUUUUCAAGUUUUCCUGUGAAUAAAAGUUUUGCUAUA